UGCUGUAAAGUUUGUGAACUUCAAAUUCAUCAAGCUGUACAAACCCGAACUCAGUCUGCGCUGUAAUAUAUUCAUUUUAUGCUGCGGACUCCUAGCCUGUGUCGGCUUUGCCAUAGCUGCUUAUGUUACGGGGGAGGAAUCGGAAGCUGGUCAUCGAUUAGGAGCAGUUCUCGGAUUUGGCAUGGAAAAUUUAUACAACUUUUUGCAAUGUUUGGUGUACAUCUUGACUCCAGGCCGGAAAAACCUACGGAUGGUUUAUUUCCGGAUGUUUGUUUGCAUAGUCACUGGUGUUGUAUUAGUAGCCUUUCCGACAGUACGUAUUACUUGUGAGAUAUUGAAGAGCUGCAAUGAACAUUAUCUGAAAAAUACACUUAGCACACUGGAGUGGAUAGGAAUGCUUGGGCUUCUCUGCUAUAUGCCUACAUAUGCCAUGGAACUUAAGAAUCUGACUCUAAAACGCCCAAAAAACAUGAAAGACGACUGGAUAUGCAAGCGGGAAGUAUCUACAUCUGAUGAAGAGGCCCCUGAAGAACCAACACCUGAAAUCUGUGUGCACAAAAUAACGUUGUUACCCUCCAAUCAGAUAAUCGGGCUCAGCGAUCCCAAUAAUAUACAGGGAACUUAUCAACUAACAGUAUUAAAGGACUUUAAAUCGAAGGGGGAGGAAUCGGAAGCUGGUCAUCGAUUAGGAGCAGUUCUCGGAUUUGGCAUGGAAAAUGUAUACAACUUUUUGCAAUGUUUGGUGUACAUCUUGACUCCAGGCCGGAAAAACCUACGGAUGGUUUAUUUCCGGAUGUCUGUUUGCAUAGUCACUGGUGUUGUAUUAGUAGCCUUUCCGACAGUACGUAUUACUUGUGAGAUAUUGAAGAGCUGCAAUGAACAUUAUCUGAAAAAUACACUUAGCACACUGGAGUGGAUAGGAAUGCUUGGGCUUCUCUGCUAUAUGCCUACAUAUGCCAUGGAACUUAAGAAUCUGACUCUAAAACGCCCAAAAAACAUGAAAGACGACUGGAUAUGCAAGCGGGAAGUAUCUACAUCUGAUGAAGAGGCCCCUGAAGAACCAACACCUGAAAUCUGUGUGCACAAAAUAACGUUGUUACCCUCCAAUCAGAUAAUCGGGCUCAGCGAUCCCAAUAAUAUACAGGGAACUUAUCAACUAACAGUAUUAAAGGACUUUAAAUCGAAGGGGGAGGAAUCGGAAGCUGGUCAUCGAUUAGGAGCAGUUCUCGGAUUUGGCAUGGAAAAUUUAUACAACUUUUUGCAAUGUUUGGUGUACAUCUUGACUCCAGGCCGGAAAAACCUACGGAUGGUUUAUUUCCGGAUGUCUGUUUGCAUAGUCACUGGUGUUGUAUUAGUAGCCUUUCCGACAGUACGUAUUACUUGUGAGAUAUUGAAGAGCUGCAAUGAACAUUAUCUGAAAAAUACACUUAGCACACUGGAGUGGAUAGGAAUGCUUGGGCUUCUCUGCUAUAUGCCUACAUAUGCCAUGGAACUUAAGAAUCUGACUCUAAAACGCCCAAAAAACAUGAAAGACGACUGGAUAUGCAAGCGGGAAGUAUCUACAUCUGAUGAAGAGGCCCCUGAAGAACCAACACCUGAAAUCUGUGUGCACAAAAUAACGUUGUUACCCUCCAAUCAGAUAAUCGGGCUCAGCGAUCCCAAUAAUAUACAGGGAACUUAUCAACUAACAGUAUUAAAGGACUUUAAAUCGAAGUGAAUUAGUAACGCAGCUACCAG